AUGAGCUAUUACAAUAGAGCUAAAUUUCUAACUACAAAUGACAACAAAUUAAACACUAGUAAUUCCAGUUUAAACAUAAAACCUAACAAAAAUUUGCUUGAAAAUGACAAACCUUUUAAUGUUACUAACAGCGGUAUCAAAAAAAAUGAAGAUUAUACAAAAAAACAAUUACUCGGUUGCAAUAAUCAAGAAACUGUUAUCAAAAAAGCUAGCCCGCAGAAAAAUGUUGCAAUGAAUCAAGCAGGGUUAUUAGUAGAUAAUUCUAAACCUAGAAUUGAAUCCAGUAUGGUUGCACAUGCAAAUUGUUCCAGUAAUAACAAUAAAAAUAGUAUCAGUAGCUAUAGAGCAAAUGCACAAAGGGCAGGAGCUGCAGAACCUCCCUCUAUGGAACGGUGGUAUUAUUCCCAAAACAAUAUGCUGGGCGACUAUAAUAAUAUAUUCAAUGAUGUUAACGAUUAUCUGGAUUUUGCGUAUCAGUCCUUCCCCAGUUAUUUCAAUCCUAGAGCUGCAAGUAAUAUGCCCAGCAAAGAAAAAGUGGUUCAUUGGAUGGAAAGUGUUCCCAUCUACCAAGUAGCUGAAAAUAUAUGGGAAAAUGAUUGUUAUUCGGUAGAGACCAAUUUGGAUUGGGAAGAAGUAAAGUUUGACGAAGAAAUUGAAGAUUUAUUUAAAACGCAUUACUGUUCUUUAGUUAGUCAAGAAGAUAUUAUCCAAUUCCAAUGCAAAAGAGUUGAUACGUUGGUUAAAAAACUAUAUGCACUGACCGACAAAACUAUGCAAAAAUAUGAAGAAGAUAAUGAUGCAGUUUAUUACGAUAAUAACGAUAAUGAUUUUCUUGAUGAAUAA